AUGUGCUCCAUGAACAUCAUUCAAAUUCUGUACGACAUCUUCUUCAAUCUGUCCCUGGAUUACUCCUUGAUAUUCUACACAGAUUUCAAGGCUACCGUGGCCAAGAAAUGUCAGGAGGUGGCAAAAGGAAGGGAAUUACCAUCUCUGUUGUUUUUGCGCUUCUUGGGCCUUCUCCUAAGGCAUGUUCUUGACGACAACAACAUUGACGUGGGUCGUCUGCCCGUGCACAAAGUGAAUGUGCUUACCCGUAACAAGCCUACCGUCAACAAAGAGGGCUAUGCGGCAGAAAGGCCCAUUCCAAAGAUGUUCUUUGCAUAUAUGAAAACGAAAGAAGUAACGAGAGCGUACAGACAUGCAUGCGAGGCACUAGAUCCAGUGCCUCGAACCCCAUCAUGCAUAGGAAUAGCCGAAGAAGAAGAGAGAACAGAGGAAACGCUAAGGCCUCAGGCAGAGGAAGAGGCUAUGAGAUUAGAGAAAGAGAGGGAGAAACAAAUAAGGAAAGAGGAAGCGAAGAAAAAGAGGAUGGAGAGGGAACAAAAGAAAAAGGAAGAGGAGGCUAGAGUAGAGCAAGAGAGUGAGGGACAAGAAGAAGAGACGGUAGUGGAUUCUCUUCAAGGAGAACCACAAGGAUCUGCAAGAAAUUUUAGCCCGACCAACAUCAACCAAGUCGUGAAUGAAGGUUUCCCUAGAACGAGGUCUCAAUCUGCCCCAUGUGUUGAGCCAGAGGUUACACAACCAGCAUACAUCACAAGGGAAGAGUUCCAAUCCCUUGUCACCUCUUUGUGGUGCUCUUUGGAAGAGCUAAAACUCAUCAUGGACCAUGCAGAGCCGUCCCCUUCUGCAUCUGCUCUAGAUGAGAUACAAGCAUCCUUAGCAGUAUUGAGAGUUGAGUCUUUGAUGAAUGUUUCUCGUCUCCAUACAUUACCGGAAUUGACGGCACGAAAUGCAGAGGCCUUGCAAAAGGUCAUAGCAUCCAUGCAGAGGGGUGAAGCGUCCACUUCCCAUGACGCCCAUGCAAUCAUCCCCCUCAACGUACCUAUAGACUAUGUCACUCAGGGCGCCAUGAAUGCUCUGGGUGACAGACUUCUAUAG